AUGACAUCCUUUGGCGCAGAUGGACUGGAGAAUCACAUCAGAAUCAAACUCGCGUGGCUUUACAACACACUCCAACGAUCAGAAAAAUACCAAAAGUAUCGUGAGAAACAGCCUGUCCUCACCCCUGCCGAAGUCGUUGCGAGAGACGCAGCAGAUAAGAAAGAGAGGGAAAGGCGUGAAGCAGCCAACAUAGCACAGAGCCAGAAGGAAACAACUGUCUGGCCCGACUUCUUGGAGAAUGCGUUUUGGAGAGCGCUAGUUCGAUGGCCCCCAAUGGGGCGAAAAAAAUAUAUGCUCGCGGGUGUGUUGAAAGGUCGAAACGAACUCAUCCAGGAUUCGAUCUACAGAGAAACGGGCAUCACGCGAGAUCGGAAACAGAUCUCCAGUCAUAUUCAGGUCCUCAAGGGGCAUCUGAAAGGCUUUCCUAUCGCCCUUGCCUAUAUGGGAACACUGGAGGAAUCUACCAAGCUCUGUUGCGGGGGUGUGGGUUCUCUGCCUGGUAACUCGUCACAUCUACGGCACCACCAACACACGCAAGGCACAAUCCCUGUUACCAAGGAUGGUUGCAUUACGCCGCCGCACAUCUGGCCGCAGCACGGGAGCCCACACCCAGGAUUCGCCCGAGGUGCAGGUUCAUACAAGGAAUCUCUUUCAUCAUCUUUGACGGUAGUAGACUUUACCAUGCAAGGUGACCACCAGGCUGUGCACUGUGCCCCUCGGAUGCACUCGAACAGCAGGCUGGACAAUGUCAUCGUCACGGAUGUUCCCUCUUGGUGUCACCGACAUCUCGACUCUGGAUUUCUAGAAACCUGGGCAGAAUCUUGGAAGACAGAGGAGCGAAUCGUCUUGAUCUGCGAUGCGUUCAUCAGAACUUCGACAGAAGGCCAGCAAAGAGUCAAUGACUCUAUUGCACUUACACUUCAUUCAUGUCUCGAUCUCUCGAGAUUUGAAUCCCUAAAAUGCACAACACACUUUCAUGGCAAUGAGCAACCGACGCUGAACCAACAUCUCGACAGUAUGGAGCAGGAAUUAGGAGAGUAUCAAACGUCAUGCCACUAUGUGCCAGACUCUGAAGGCUUGGCCAGGUAUUUGCGCAUUGAGUUUGGGUUUCCAUCUUUCUUUGACAGGUUGGAAAGACAUGAGCGAUUCAUAAGCGUAGACGAGAGCAGUACCAGGACUUCUCUACCAAGUCUGACAGCAACACAGGAUGUUUACGGCCACGUUACUGCUUCAGGCGAAACCCAGUGUCUCUUCACUAUUCUUUGGAGAUUUUAUCCAGCAAAUCACUCUGCAAAAGCUUCUAGUAUGCAGUGGCGCUCAUUUCUUUUAGGCGAAAACCACGAUGACGCUGAAUAUUCUCGGUAUCAGGGGGCAAAACACGAGAUUGGAAUGAUGGAUCAAGAGCCAGAAGAAGCCACGACAGACUUUUCAUCUACUUCGGGAACUUUAUCACCAUAUCACCUAACUCCUGAACUACCCAUGGGAUUCUCAAACUCCUUUACCGGAGGCCCCUCAUUCGAGGUUCUGGCUGACAACGAGGCCUUCUGUCUUUCACUUUCUCCCGAGGUUCUCUCACCUACUCAGCUAAAUCAAGAUCAACCGAGCAUACCUACGCUUUCGACUGCGAGCGAUCAAUCUCAACAAGGCUUCGCACUGCCUCUACAAGACGCGCUAUACAGGGAAGAUGGCCACGAAUUUGGUUUCGAUGUUGGCAACACCGCUUUUAGUACAACUCCUCAAUCAGCUUUUGAUUUUCAGUCAUACCGAAACUUGACCGACCACACCGCAAACCCAGAGAGCUUAUACCCGCUUUCUGGUUUUGAUCACAGAGAAUGGACCGACAUGGGACUUACUGUAGGCGAUGAAGUAGGCUUCCUCCCCGUAACAGCAAGUACCACUAUGCAGGACCCAGGCUAUAUAGCUUGCUCUUCGACAAAACCUACCUGGCAACAUACAAACCUGAUUGCAAACCUGGAAACUGCAGCAGAGCAGUAUCAACCUUGUUUCAGUGAUGAGUCUUACGCUUAA